AGCAGCGUGGCUUUUUCUUUUUUUUCUUCUUUUUGCGCACGGCGCAGAUGGAGGCGGUGGUCAAAAUCCAGCAGAGCCGCGCGCAAUAAAGGAAAAAAAAUCGUCUCGAAUAACUUUUUCCGGGGACCAUGACUUUCCUCUUUGUUUUCUUCUUCCUCUCUGUGUCUGCAGCUUCCUCAGGUCUACCAGAGCGGCAGGCGGUGACGGCGAAGCCUGAGCAGAACGUCUCUCUGGGAUGCCUGGGACCCGCCGGUGGAGCGGUCCAGCUCCUCACCUGGACCAAAGUGGGCCACGACUCGGACUACGUGUUCUUCUACCGCAACGAUCGGCCGUACGAGGCCCAGCAGCACCAGGCCUUCAGAGGACGCGUGCUCCUGAGAGACGCUGAGGCCCUGCAGGCCGGAGACUUCUCUGUGGUCCUGCAGAACGUCAGCGCUGCAGAUGCAGGAACCUACAAGUGUCGGAGCAUCUUCAGGAGCCCAGCAGGCGACGUGGGAGAGUUUCAGAGCUCCGUCAACCUGACGGUCUCAGGAAACGAUGAAGAGGAGCUGGAGGAGAGCGGAGACCAGCUGAUGACCACUGGAAGUGAUCCGUUUCUGUUCCUUCUAGCUAGCUUAGGCGUGGCCACAGUUCUUCUUCUUCUUAUCAUGGGUUGUGCUAUGUUCUGGAAAUCAAAGUCCAGAUCAGUGAGCUUCCAGGAGAACAAGAAGAGGUCAGAUGAACUUAUUUGAUUCAUCUAGCCUGGAUUAUUGCACAGGUUAUAGCACAGGUUAUAGCACUUUGUUUAAAUAGCUUACAUUAAAGCACUUUGCACUUUCUGUAGCUCUGCGCAGCAAUCCCCCUGUCCUUCACGUUUCAGAAGUCUCACCUAAUUUAGACGUUACAUUUCCUCCUUGGCUGCAGAAAGAUGCCCAUGAUGCACUGCUUUAAGGUCAGGUGCAGAUGCAGGGACACGUUUAAAUCAUGCAGGACAGUCGGCUCAGAACCAAGAAUGCAGGCCGACUAUUUAAAGCCACAUUAAGUAGGAGAAAAUGUUAAGUUUGUUGUAUAAAAUAAGAUAAAUAUGAAAAUAAUCACAUUGCACUUAAACUCUUAAAGCCUUUUAUAAGCUCAACGUAAACGUGUGAUUUAAGAUGUGUUUUUAACCCACAUAAAGCAUUACCUCACAUCA